AGUGCGAUUUGCUGGAUGAUAAAUGACUUGCGUCACUCUUUAUCAAGGCAUAAAAUACCUUUUGUAAUUAUUACUACUUUUGUUCGAGUUAAAUUGUUAUUUUGUAAUAACAAAAGACGCUAUUCAUUGUUUUAGUAGUAGAAAUAAUUUAAGUGAUAAAGUUUUGUUACAAGAGUUUAUUUUUUUUUUAAUAUUUUAUAAUGGGAAGAAUGGUUUAUAUCAGUAUAGGAGUAUUUAGUAUAGUGAUUCUAGUUUUAAUAAUCGGAUUAUCAGUAGGAUUAAGAGCAACUCCAUUCAAAGGAAGCGAUGUCCUGAAUUUUGCACCGUUAGUAGACGGACAUAAUGAUUUACCCUGGAAUCUUUACGACAAGUUAGCUAAUAAUUUGAGCGCUUUAAAUUUUGAUACCGAUCUUUCAAAUGAUCCUUUUAUGGGUGUAAAAUCUUGUAAUACUUGUCACACUGACCUUCCUCGCUUAACUGCUGGUAAACUUGGCGGUCAAUUUUGGGUCGCUUUCACCCCUUGCAAAUCACAGUACAAAGACGCAAUUCAAUUGGCAUUACGUCAAAUCGAUAUGAUAAAGCGACUGGUCAAUAAAUAUCCGUCUAAAUUAGAAUUUGUGACAAAUUCAUAUGAUAUUGAAAGAGCCUGGAAGAAUAAUAAAAUAGCGUCGAUGAUUGGAAUUGAAAGUGGGCAUGCUAUAGAUUCAAGUCUUGCUGUGCUUCGACUUUACCAUGAACUUGGAGUUCGUUAUAUCACGUUAACACACAAUUGCAAUACUCCUUGGGCUGACGCAUCAAUUGUCAAUGAUUCUUCGGUUUUUAAUUUAACAUUGUUUGGAAAAGAAGUUGUUAAAGAAAUGAAUAGACUAGGAAUAAUGGUCGAUUUAUCCCACGUUUCGCACAAUGUAAUGCGACAUGUUUUAAGUAUAACACGCGCCCCUAUUAUUUUUUCACACUCAUCAGCGUUCAAAAUUUGUAAUCAUUAUCGGAACGUACCGGAUGAUGUUCUUCAUUCAGUAAAAAAAAAUAACGGAGUUGUAAUGGUGAAUUUUUACAAUUGGUUUGUCAAUUGCAAUCGAUCUAGAGAGACAACAAUUGAAGAUGUCGUGGCGCAUAUUAAUUACAUAAGAACUUUAAUUGGACCCGAUCACGUCGGUAUCGGUAGCGAUUAUGAUGGAAUCGAUGAGACUCCAAAAGAUUUAGAAGAUGUGUCCAAGUAUCCAAAAUUAUUUGACCGACUCUACGAGUCUAAAGAAGGCGAGCCGACUUGGACGCGCGCUGAUUUAGAAAAGCUUGCAGGAAGAAAUUUAAUCCGCGUUUUUGAAGAUGUAGAAAAAGUUCGUGAGUCUUUAAAGUCUGAACUAGCGAGUGAUAUGACUAUUGACGGACAUGAUCUGGAAAUAGCCAUGAAAAAUGAAGGACUCACUCCUGGAGCCUGUCAAACUGCCAAUGAAUGGAAAGGAAUUCAUUAAUUUUUUACAAUGUAUCUAGCAUAAUUAUCAUGGAAA